CUCCGUCGCCUGGGCACUGGUUCGCGUCUGGGUGGCCGGCUGGGCCCGUGGCGGUGGUCCUCCCGCCUCCUGGCCACGCUGCCUGCUUGGUCCUCGGCGUCGCCGCGCGGUUCCCGCCCCGGAGGAACCCGGCCUUGGCGGAGGACAUUUUCUCAUUGCUGUUAGAGAGAGAAACAUCAAUAUGAGAGAGAACCACUGAUCAGUUGCCUGUGGUGUGUGUCUUGACCGGGUAUCAUAUGUGCCCAGAUCAGAAAUUGAACCCACAGCCCAGCGUCUUGUCACUGUUUUUCCUUAACUGGUCAUUGAGAUCUUAACAAGCAUGGAGGUAAGAUUGGAAGUUUUGACAUCAACAAGUAUCAAGCAGAAGAGACCUUGGCCACGAGUCUGCUGGUUGGGACAGGAAAGUGAGGCUGUUUUCCUUUUGGAUGAUAAACUCAUAAAUGAAAUUAAUUUGCUUUCGGGAAGGACAAAGAAGAAAAUUCCCCGUCUGCAGCCUUUCUUGAAGGAUGUUAUUGUCCUAACAACAUCCAGUAAUGAUGCCUGGUUGGCUGGGUUACUUGUUACAGGAGAGCUUUUUCUUUGGAACAAAGAUCAAGAUUGUUUGAAAACUAUACAGGUGACUGAAAAGCCUAAGGAAAUGAUUAAAGCUGCAAUAGUAGGCUCUUUGAGACUGUAUUUGUAUGUAUCCGGAGAUGGGAAAAGAGUUCUGAUUAUAACUCCUUCUGGAUGCAUAUUUCUUUGGGAAUAUUUGGAAUUCAAGAAUAUCUUAUCUUCCAAGAGUCCUUCACUGACAGGCCAGUGGUCCCAGAUCAUACCGCAAGAAGCAGUCCAUUUGCCUUCCACUGAAGAUAAAGAAGCUGUAGUGCAUGCUGUUUUUGUGAAAAAUGAGUUAUUUGGAGACUGCUGCUUGUGUUCAUUUACUUUUUAUUCUGGGGAAUGCCUGAAGGUGACAUUUCUAGCAAUUCGGUGGCAUGAGAAUGUAUAUACACCUGUAAGAUCAUUGCCGUACCGUGUUCACUGGGCACAGCAAGAUUGCCUUCUGGGUAGUCUGAUUCCUCCAUGUGAAUCAGUGAAGUCAAGAGGAGCUCUAAUUUCUGCCUUUUCAAGAGAUGGCCUUACCCUGGCAGUAACUCUUAAUCAGAAAGACCCAAAGGCAACUCAGGUAUUAUUUAUUAACACACUGAAUUUUGUUACUCUGUGUGGUAGCCUUAAAGGAUGUAGCAAUAAGAAUCCUGUGGUCCCAGCUACACUGGUCAGGUCCUACUGGGUAGGUGAUAUCAGCUGGACUCAUGAUAGUCUUUUUCUGGCUUGUAUGCUCAAGCGUGGCUCCCUGCUUUUACUGACUUGCCAAGGUGAAUUGCUAACAUUAACUACAUUUGGUUGCUCUAUAGAAUUUGGGCCAGCAGAAUUUAUUCCUCUUCACCCACUAAUAACAUAUAGACCACAGCAGUUUACAUUUCAAGAUUCAAGUAAUGCUGUAGAUUCAUCAGCUUCAGACGGUGACCCCAUGCGACAGAGAUUCUCUGUGAGAGCUCACUCACGCCUCCCCUACCUCGUCAUUUCUGACGGAUACAUGGUCACAGCCCUUCGAUUUCUUGAUAACCUGUCUCCAUCAGUGCUCAUGAGAUCCCUUCUGCUCGACUCAACCCAGAGGCUUGAGAAAACCUACCGAAGUGUGAAGUUGUCUAAGCCAAAAGGCAAAGGGCUGAACUUGCGAUCACUGGAUUCCCUAAGGUCAAGCCUGUUGGAACAUCAAGGAGCUGAACAUUCAGCUGAUUCUACUGUCCCCAGGUUCUUGCAGGAAGAAGAAACAACAAAGUUACAUGGAGAACCAGCAGAUUUCCAGGAUUUUGAAGCAGAAGAAACUAAUGAAAGCACAUACUUUUCAAACAACUUAUCCUCUCUUUGGAACCAGAAAAACGGUCCAUUGUUUAGUAGUGCCAAGGAGGGAAGAUUGGAAUUUGCGUCUAUGUUUGAUACAUUACAUGCAAAGGAUAAUACUGAGGAGUCAGACAGAACCGUUACAGAACUGCAUUCUGUCCAGAAAAAUCUCCUUGCAGCAUGGACUAUAGGAAUUUCAAAAAAUGUGUCAGAAAAACAUUUAAUGUUAAAUUACACCGUAGUUUGUAUUACUCAUUUUUUGUACAUUCUUCAAUUUAUAGAAUGCCCUUUCCCAAAACUCAAUCUUUUUUCAAGCAAAAACCCAAGACAAAACGCAUGGGUACUUUGUAUCUUUCAACUUUUCCAUCAGUGCUUAUCGGUCCAGCCUUGGGAUUUGAGGUCCAGACAAGCGGUGGCACCCUUGGUAAAGCUGACCUCAAGUACCGUAAAGCUGUUGCUGACACUGCCACGGCAGGGUCUGUUGUCCUCAGAGCGGCUUUUAGCCUGUUUUCAUUUACUCAGAAUGGUAGCUGAUAAUUUAAAUGGCACAUACAACCUUCAGCCCGAAGCUACUUCAGCAUCACCUGAUGGAAGUAGAAGAGCAAAUCAAGACUCAUUGGUGGUACCUAUUUUUCAAAUAUUUCAAGAUAGUAGUUCUCAGAAAAACCGGUCUUGGAACUCAUCUUUAAAGUUUCCUCCUCAAGCAGUAAAUCUUAUUCAACAGCCAGGACACAGGUUGAUUGUUCUCUGGAGAGUACUGUAUAAUAAAACUUUAUGGUAUCAAACACAGUUAAGUCGAAAAGUUCCUACGGGUGACAGACAGUUAACUGAAAAGGUGGCACACGAAGCAUCGACUGUCCGGUCCCUGUUAUGUCACAUACAAGCUGAGUUACAGACUGCAGGAGUCUGCUUGAACCCAGCCUUGGAGCUCAAAUCCAUUGAGGGUGAAGAGUGUUUCCUGUUAGGAUCAUAUGAAAAGUCUGUCCAGCUGUGGAAGAAAGCUCUGCAAGAAGCCCAAGAGAACGGAGGAAGAAGAACCUGUUUUCUUCAGAUACGCUAUUACCUUUCUCUCUUGUACUGCCACCUGUAUAGCUACAAUUUAAAUGAUGCUCAAGGACUGUGUGAUCAGCUGGUAAGAGAAAUACUGACAUGGUCCCACCUACCUGUAAAAGAAAAUGAAGAUAGUUCAGUUCCCGAGAAGCCCCGCUGCGAGCUGGGAGUGACCAGGGAGGCGCACCCGGAGGCGGCAGUGUGGGUUGUCCAGUCCAUGGCCCGGUUCAUGGCCGCCUACUUCACCAACCGGCGGCUCUGCAUUUUGCCACCUCACAAUGUGAACGUUCUUCCUCCCCUUCAUAUUGCAAGAGAGUGGCCCCUUCGGUUUAUUCCUCUGCAGCACUCUAAGGUGGCCAGUGUCGUUAGAGAUCAGAAUCUUUCCAAUGUGUGGACAGUUGAAUAUGCCCUGGAAUUAUUGUUUAUUGGGGGCCUGGUUCCAGAGGCUGUGUGGCUGGCACAUGAGCUGGGAGACUGGAAGACAUCUGUUUCAAUUGGUGUGGCCUUCCAACUGUUCUGCAAGCUAGAUAGCAGUUUCACAAGGUUCAAGAAAAAGGGUCAGAGUCUACCAUUAAAUAUGACUCCAGCACAGAUUUUCCAGGAAAAACUCCAGUGUUUUUUAGGUCAGCCAGCCUCUUUGGAAGCAAAAAAUGAAACGGGCUCAAAAUACAAACAAUUUACAGAUCCCAUUGAAGAGGAAGAUGUAAAUGUGCUGUUGGGUUCACUGCAAGAAGUGCUGAAGGCAGCAGCGAUGGCCGACGCCGACGUUCUCUCGGAGACGCUGCAGCUGCUGGUCCGCUCGGCCAAGGAUGUCAGCAGGAGACUCUGGGGCUUAGUGCCAGGCGGCUUGUACCUUCCCGCCCCGCCAUUGUAUUGUCCUCAGCCAGCUGUUCUUAGUGAGGAAGAUGGUGAUGAUCUUCUUUUAAAAGCUGAGAAAGAUAAUCGCCAAAAGGUGUCUGGCAUCCUUCAGCGCCUUCUCUUGCUCUUCCGGGCGGCGCGCUGCUCCUUCCCGGCGGCCCAGUGGUACCUCCUGCAGCUGCGGUGGGCCCGGAAAGUCAUGCAGAAGAUUCGAAUGAAAGGGUCCCUUCCCUCACUGAGUCCUUUUCCUCAGUCGUUACUUAAUUACUGUAUAGGAGGCAUAGCAUUCUUUCGACCUGGAGCAGCUGGAGACAGCAAGCUUGAUGAAGUUUCCAUUAAAGCAAUAGGUUGCUUCAGGGAGCUUUGUGCUUUGUGUUGGAUGCUACACGUCCGUGAUAAGUUAUCCUAUUGUUGCAGGCAGUAUCAGAAAGCAAGAGAAAAUGUGGAAGGAAAGAAGGACCUCCGAGUGGAGUUCGACUCUUGCAUGGUGGAGCACUGUCUCAGUGCUGUGGAAUGGGCUUGUCGAAUGCUCCCCUUCUCUCGGUUUUCUAAUAUUGAAGAGCUUAUUCAGGACCUCAUUUUGAGCCUUAUUGGAGAGCUGCCACCAAUCAGACAGGUAGCAGAGAUUUUUGUGAAAGCGUUUCCCAGUCCUGAGGACAUAAGAGUUCCUUUAAGAGAAAAAUACCACUCUCUUCUACAGAGACUCAGACACUGUGUUGUGAAAGGCCCCCAGACUGAGGAAAUGAUGUCUGUUCUCAUGCAUUCCACCCACAAAGUAAGGGUGAAAGCCCUAAAACGUGUGCAGAGAAACAUAGGCGCUUUCGAGACAAACAUAUGGGAACCAGUUGAAGAAGAAAGGGCUGCCGAGGUUCCAGGCUUCGGCAGGCUCUCCUCCCUGGGGGCCAGUCUGAGCAGGAGCACGCUCACAGACCUGGGCAGCUCUCCGGCCCACAGCGACACAGAGGCUGUCUCUGAGGCUUUGUCGGUCGGAGGAAAAAGUAGGACACAUUUCCAUCAAAGGAAUGCUCCAGAUCACAUGGAAUUCACAUUGAUUGCUAAAUCCAAUGAUAAAAAGAAAAUAGGUAAUCAGAAAGAAAACCCUAAAAGGAAGGAAGAUCAUGAAAAGUUAUUACAAAAUGUACUUCCUGUAAUAGGUGUUUGGGAAUUUGAACGUGAUGAUGAUGAAUAUAUGAAGUUCCUUGAACUCUUCUUGAGUUAUGUUCUUGAAAGAGACAUGUGUGGUUCCAAGGAUCCUGGCAUUCCAUUUCUAACCAGUUUUUCUGGACAUCUUAGAGAACAUGAACUUAACCCUUUGCUUUUUGAUAUACAUGCGACAUUAACAGGACAUCAGGGCAAACCCAGAAGCCAGAACGUGUUCAGAGCUGGCUCUUGCUUUGUUGUUGCUCCAGAGUCACAUGAGUCUGAAAAGUCAGAAAGCCAGGCACUUUCAGCUUCAGUAGUGCUUAGUCCAGGGGUCAGACCUUCCUUAGAGAACCCCUCAAGUGAAGUUAAUAAAAAUGAAGGAAAGAGUGGAUUGUUUGGUUUAAAACAAAAGUCAGUGUAUAGAAUACAAGAUGACAGUACAGAGAAGCGUGUAAUCCAGAGACUGAUGAACUCUGUUCUUUGGGCUCCCAAGUCCACUAAGAGUAGAAGAUGUAUCUUCAAACCCAUUCAGUGCAGUGACGACCCUGCCGAGGUGCUUCCUGCAGCAUUGAGUGACACGCCCGGCAGCCUACGGAGGCUGCUGGAGUGGAUGGUUAGGUGGGCCGACCGAAGGCUGCCCUGCGCUACCCGCCUUGCAGAGUCACCCUGUGGGCACAGCCCCGUCAUUCGCGUGCGGACCUCCUCAGCUGCCAUCCUUACAUCCUUGUGGCUCUUGCGACAACCCUAUCUUGCUACCUACAAGGCAAAUAAUGCCAUUAUUAGGGUCCAAGGGAGUCCUUCCACCAGGUCUCAGAGGGGACCCAAAGCUGAGAGUGACCGCAAGGCAGAUGCUGGCUGCUCGGCGGCAGGAUCCGCUCAAGGUGGGCCGGAGGAGAGAAGCGAUCACGAUGAAUCUUGUCAGAGCAUCUUGAAGAUGCCAACUGAAGCCAAAACACCUGUAAUAAAAGAAUGCAAUGAUAUUUCUGUCACUGAUGAUACUGAAAACGAACUUGUAGAUACCGAUGUGGAUCUUUUAGGAAUAGAAACAUUUACACUGGAGGAAAUGAAUACAUACCCAUCAGACCACGAAGAAGAUGCCAAAGAACCUGUUGGAAGUCUCCAAAGUCCCACUGUUGCCAUUGGCAUGCCGACGUUCCCACAGCACUUAGAAGAACUCUCUGCAGGAGAAGUGCACUGUCCAAGGGAGGAGCCAUUGGAGACCCAUGUGGAGAAAGUAUCAACAGGACAGAAAGGUUACAGUAUGAUUGAAGCCUUUUCAAAUCCUGAACACACAAGUCCUGAUUCACUUUGUGUAGACACAAGUUCAGAAAUUUCUAGAGAGAGAGAGAAACAUCGAUCAGUUGCUUCCCAUACGCACCCCGACCUGGGAUUGAACCCACAAUCUAGUGCACAGAUCUCUGCACCUAAAGAGAAAUCUUCCGCAGAUCCACCCUUGGUGUCAACUGGAGUCAGUGCUGCUUCACAAACACCUGGGCCAACACCCCAGCAGCCCCAGGGAGAUGAACCCAGGGCUCAGUUUCCAGGUUCUUCUGAUGCUGUUCGGCAGAUGCUCCAAGAUGAAAUGUUUACAUUAGUUCAGCUGCAACAGAUCAACUUCCUGAGUCUAAUGCAAAUAGUAGGGUCAUCCUUUGCUGACCUCCCAGACAGACACCGACUUGUUCAGCAGUCCCAGUCUGUGCCUUUGGCGGGAAGCCAGGCGUCACACCUAGCAGGAGGCAGCGGUGAUGCUGAAGACACCGGUGGGAGCCUGAGGGAGAGGCUGUUCCUUAAACCACCGCCCGUGGACGAGCACACCAGGGAGCCCGGCAGGAAGAGCCUCCCCUGUCCAGAAGGAGCAGUGCGGUCUGACCAAAGUAGCAAUGCAAAUUCACAGAAUGUUCCGCACGGGAGUAUUCCUUGUCCAUUGGAAGGCCAACCCCAGAAUAGUGGACUGCCUACAGCUUCUGAAAGUGUACCAACGACUUCCUUUUCCCCAGCCCCUGCUGGGAGUACUUACAUCCGGCUUCUGCCCACAUCUUCUGCCAUUCCGAAGAUGCCUCAGUUUCUCCCGGCUGCAGACACUCUCACACCGGGUGGUGGUUUCCCUCUGCUUCAGUUUCAGCCUAAGCACGAAUUUAAGCCCCUUCUCUUCCCUGCAGUAAGAGUCCCACAAGGCCCCUGCAGGCGUCCGCCACAGCCAAGAGAGGCCUGGGGGCCACCUGCGUCCUCCCAGCCUCCCCUGCCACCGAGGGCGGUGCACGCUCCCUCGGCGCCCUGCUGGAGUUUGAGCCAGCAUGACACUGAAGCCCCGCAUAGGGCAGCCAGGCAGAAGAGAGGGGCAGAGACUGUCACUGCAGAAGCCCCUAGGCAUGUGAACUCGGAUCAGUACGUUGGACAAGAAAACUUGACACCUCAACAGGGCUCUUCGAUAUUUGCAAAACCUGAAAAAGUAUUCGAUGUGAAGCCAGGGCCCCUUGAGACAUCUCAGAAUUCCUUUGGAUUUCCAUUACUGCACCUGCAGCUUACACCUCCUUACGUAUUUCCCUCCGUCUCCAGAAAGCCAGUUACGGUUCCCUCGGUGCCUCCCAUAACGGCAGCCGCGGGAGGCGAACACCCAGGGCUGCCACUGCUUCCCUCACGCCUCCCCCAGGAGAACACGUACAAAACCCCACAACUUAUUCCAGUUGACAACCUCACUGCAUUUAAACAAAGCCAGAAGAAGCCAGCACAUGGUGUAUCUGAACAAGGUGACCCCAGACACCUUCCGCUUGUCACGGGCACAGUAGAGCCUUCUGUGGCGAGGCAAGGAAAGGACGGCAAAAAAAGGCAAAGACGACGAGCUGAGAGAGAGCUGCAAGAGACACGAUCAGAGAAACUAGGGACAAGACCAGGUGUGACUUUCCAGCCAGAGGAGGAUUCAGAAGUAGGCCUGCGACCCCAGGAGCAACAAGAACAUCGUGGUUCACAGCCUUUGGACAGCUUUGAAAUUCCUCUUGAAAUGCUGCAAGGCGAUGUCACUACUUCAGCUGGACUGCAUUUCAUGGCCUCUGUGAGAAAGAAAGCUCUAGAACGUCAGGAUGCGAGUACAAAUACAGACCCAGAUAAAGAAGCUGCUUCUCAAGAGACUGUUUCUGAAUGUCGUAAAAAUGAACAAAUCAUUUCUUCCAUAUCAGAAUGUGAGCCUUUGAAUGUUCCUCAGCCAGCAGCUCCAGAUGGAUCUGUAAAUCUCAGGCUUCCCACUGAAGUGGCAGAAAGACCUUUGUCACCUUUGGCCUCUGAUGCGGCUGGACACACUUACAUAAAUGUGAUCGACAUCGAAGCUGAUGAACUCCAGGGGUUACCUGUCAAAGAGCCUUCAGGUGACCAUAACAUCGAACAGCGCCUGGGAGUCCCGUCUUCAGCAGAGUUGCAUUGCCUGGCAGCCUCAGUUACUAAUGCUGUUCCCCUGAGCAAUUUUAAGAGCCAAGAAUCUGCCAGCUCUGCUGUGGACUCACUUUUUCAACCUGCAGAAGUGUCUCCGUCCCGUCUGGACGGAAGAAGUUGGAGAGUGGGCGUUACAGAAGUGGCGGAGUCUCGCAUCUCCCCACCUGCACCAUCGGACAGAGAGCAGGGCAGAGAUAUAGCAAAGCCAGGUCUUCAACGUGAAGAUCAGCGCUCAAAGGCAGACACUGCAGAGACGGAUGAGCUGCGGGGUUUCCUCCUGCGGGAGCUGCUGCAGGGCGUCUCGGCUGCGCGUCCCGUGCCCGGCUCUGCAGCGGCCGGCCGGCUGGGGCGCCUUGCCUCUCAGCUCCGGAAGAUGGACGAGCAGCUGCUGGCCAUACAGAGCAUCGCUGCGAACAUCGAGCAGGACUUCCCCCAGCGCACGCUGCUGGACCGGCCCUGCGAUGAGGUUGAAUCUGUGGAUCACAUUGAAUUGUCUUCUGGACCUGAAUCUGGAAAAACAUUGGCUUCCAAAAUCGCUAGCAUUUCCAAAGGAGACUCUGCAUUAGUGCAUUUCCUGACUCAUAUGAAUAAGGAAGAUCAAAGUGACAAAGAGCAGACUUUUGAAGCUGAGUUUUCAGUGACAGAAACUCGUUCUCAUCCAGAAAUCUACGUGUUUCCUUCUGCCGAUUCCACUGUCAGCCUCUUCAGUGACCAGAAUACAAGUUUUCCUGGUGUGAAUAACAGUGAUGAGUUAUUUGAGAGCAUGUCGGCAGAUCCCCUGGAGGUGACCGGGCUGACUGACGUGGCGGACAUCAUUGAGGACCUUCUCACAGAGGGCGGCGUUUCCAGGGAGGAGCUGGGCCUCACGGAACAGCAGGCCAGGAGCAUCUCCAGAAUUCAGCAUUCUUCUAAUAGACAUCCUCGAAGAACUGAGAAGGAGAGAAGAGAGAUUCAAGUGUGGAUGAAAAGAAAACGGAAGGAGAGGACGGCGGAGUACCUGCACCAGCUGGCAGAGAAGCGGGGCCAGGAACGCGACCCUUUCUGCCCCAGGAGCAACCCGUUUUACCUGACUUCGCGGGAAAUCAGGCUGAGACAAAAGAUGAAGCAUGAAAAAGACAGAUUGCUACUCUCUGACCACUAUAAUCGUCGAAUCUCACAAGCAUACAGUCUGAUGAAUGAACUGUUAUCUGAAUCUGUACAACUACCAGCUACUGCACAGAAACCAUUGCCUAAAAAACCCAGAACUGCCCAAAUUUCCAGACAGCAGCAUUCCUUCUCUCCAAGAAGAGAGACUCCACAUGGUCACAGUUUUCCAGUAAAUCGACCUGGAAAAGCCAGGAACACACCCAAGCCAAGUUACAGCCCCACAGGGAGGCCUCUCGGGCAGCCUCGGGGCUCGCCGUGGCCGCGCGGAACUACCACUGUUACCCAGAAAAAAGCUGGGGGAGCCAGAGUGGCCGUGCGGAAGGCUGUGCAGUCUCCGAUCACCUUCCACAAAGAAGCCCCCGCUGCUCCUUGUGGCGGCCCACAGCAGGCAACAAGGCAGGGGAGCGCGGGGCGCGCCCCUCCCACCCAGCGGCCAGGGGCAGAGGCGGGGCGUGGGGCGCCGGCGCGGGGGCCCUGGCCGGAGUCCUCGGCUGGCCGGCAGGUUCUUCUCCGAAGCCACAGCCCCCUUCUGCGGGACUUGCUACCAGCGGAAGAAGAGCCAGAGCCUCCCACUGGGGUGGGUGGCCUGGACAGCAUGUCUGAGAGCACCGGCAGCAUCCUCAGCAAGCUGGACUGGAACGCCAUCGAAGACAUGGUCGCCAGUGUGGACAACAAGAGCCCAUCUGUCCGCUGGGCCCUGGGUCUGUGAGGCCUAAAGAGCACCCUGGGGCUGGCUCCUCCGCGGUGUAGUUCCGAGGGACGUGCGGGUUUAGGGGAAAGAAGUGAUGUCAGUCUACCACCUGCAGCCAUGUUAUUACCUGGAUAAGCCAUUUCAAGAGGGAAAAUAAACAUUUCUCAAUAAUUUUGCCUUCAAGGGAAAGGGUUUUUUUAACCACAGAUGUAUUACAUGUUUUUGCAGUUGAUUAUCUAGCUUUAGGCAUAAUUUUU